ACCGUGUCUCGCUCUCGCUUUCUCCGACUCCGGCUCCGAGUCUUGAGUCUCCUCGUCAACCUCCCUCGCAUACUCGCAUCCAACCAGCUCCAUCCGAGAGAGCGCCGGCAGCCGCCCCGUCGGAGGCGGCAUCUCGAGCUCCGGCGCGAGGAGGGCAGCCAGUUACCGCGUCGCCACGAGCUCGCGUCCGCGAAAGUUUCCGUCAGCUUUUGAUCGUCAGGCUCAAGGCAUGGCUAGGUCCGCGGGGAUUGUGGUGAGCGCAUCCAUGGGGGUGAUGAAACCCCUGCUUGCAAAGCUAACCACUCUGAUGGGCGACGAGUACAAGAAGCUCAAGGGGGUCAGGAAGCAGGUGUCCUUCCUUAAGGAUGAGCUCACCACCAUGAGUGCUUUUCUUGAGAAGCUAGCUUUCAUGGAUGAUGAUGGUGGUGAGCUCGAUCCGCUGGUGAAGGACUGGAGGAACCAUGUCAGAGAGAUGACCUAUGACAUCGAGGACUGCAUCGAUGACUUCAUGCAUCAGCUUGGUGGUGGUGCUGAUGCAUCUGGUUUCCUCCAGAAGACGGCUCGCCGUCUCAAGACGCUGCGCGUGCGCCAUCAGAUUGCCAACCAGAUCGACGAGAUCAAGGCUCGUGUGAUCGAGGUAAAUCAGCGCCGCAAGAGGUAUGAGCUUGAUGGAUGCAGCAAUUCCAGAGCUUCUGACCCUGUGGUUGUAGAUCCUCGCUUAACAUCGCUCUACCAAAAGGCUGAUAAUCUUGUGGGUAUUGAUGGCCCAACAGAAGAGCUAAUCCAAUUGUUGACAGAUGCAGGGCAGCAGAAGCUCAUGGUGGUGUCCAUUGUGGGAUUUGGGGGUCUUGGUAAAACAACACUUGCCAAACAGGUUUAUGAUAAGAUCGGACAGCAAUUUGACUGCAAGGCGUUCGUUUCCGUUUCCCAAAGACCUGAUAUUGCAAGACUACUCAGCACCAUACAGUCAAAACUUAACAUACAGGAGUCUUCCCAAGCUCAUGAGGUGCAAGACAUCAUCGACGGCAUUAGAUACUAUUUGGGAAAUAAGAGGUAUCUUAUCGUAGUUGAUGACUUGUGGAAACGAGAAGCAUGGGAUAUUAUUAGCUGUGCUUUUCCAGAAAAUGCUAAUGGUAGCAGAGUGAUAGUAACCACCCGUGUUGAAGAUGUGGCUUGUUGGGCAUGUAGCAACCAUCAAUACAUUCACAGAAUGAAGCCCCUCAAUAGUGAGGACUCAAAAAGAUUGUUCUUUAAAAGAGUAAUUCGAUCCAAGGAUGGUUGCCCCUCACAGUAUGAAGAAGUUUCAGCCGAAAUCUUAAAAAAGUGUGGAGGUUUGCCACUUGCAAUAAUUACUAUAGCCAGCCUAUUAGCUUGUGAACAGGCAAGAAUAAUGCAAGAAUGGGAGAGUAUACGGAAUUCUUUGGGCACCCCAUUUGGCACAAAUCCAAGCUUGGAAGGCAUGAGGCAAAUUCUAAACCUGAGCUACAAGAAUCUUCCUCUUCAUCUUAGAACAUGCCUCUUGUAUCUCGCCAAAUACCCAGAGGACUCCAGUAUCGACAGGGAUGAUGUGGUUAGACAGUGGAUAGCCGAAGGCUUCGUUAGGAGCUCUCCCGGGCAAGAUUUGGAGGAUGUUGGCAAGAGCUAUUUCAAUGAGCUUAUCAAUAGGGGUUUGAUUCAGCCAGAGCAAAAUAAUUAUGGAGUGGUGAUGGGUUGCAGGGUGCAUGAUAUGAUGCUUGAUCUGAUCCUUAGCAGGUGCAAGGAGGAUAAUUUUAUCAGUGUUGCGUACAGCUGUGAAGAGUAUAUGCUCAUAGCCGGGCAGCACGGGUACAACUACAAUAAGGUCCAUCGACUGUCCGUGCAGUCAAUGGAUUCAGAAUCAGAUUGCACAAUAUUAAUGGAGGGUGGGGUCAUUCCUGCUCGCCUGGCUCACGUUCGAUCAGUUUCUCUGUUUGGAAAGCAUCCAAGAGAGCUCCCAUUGCUGCUGCCGUUGUUUAAAUAUCUCCGGGUACUGCAUAUAACGUUCUAUCUCCUCGAUCAAGCCGAUCUCACUGCCAUCAGACAUCUGGUUCAACUAAGGUAUUUGUUGUUUGUGUCACAUUGUUUCAAGGUAGAGCUCCCUAGUAGAAUAUGUGGCCUUGUGCAUUUGGAGACGCUGGAAAUAGUUGCGUAUCAUGCUGUAAGCUUCCCAUCAGAUAUUGUUAGUUUGGCCUGCUUGUCCCACUUGAGGCUUCCACGGGGUGGGCUGCCCAAUGGGAUACCCAAGAUCAAGUCUCUACGCACUCUGGAAAUGUUCCAUCCCCCAGAUAUGGAUAUCAAGGCCCUUGCUGAGUUGACCAAUUUAAGGAAACUGAGUCUCUUCUUUGACCUAGAGGCAACAAUGGGAACGGCUAGUAACCUUAAUGCUCUCGGGUCUUCCAUUGGAAAACUCCAAAACCUCAGAUACUUGGAAUUUACAGUCCCGACUGUUAAAUUUGAUGAUGAUGGCCUGCUGGGUUCAUUGUCUGCUUUUCCUUGCAGUAUUGAGAUACUGAAACUGGAAACUUGGCGCUUCUCCAGAAUUCCCACAUGGAUCAACGCUGAUCUCUGUCACCUCCACCUCCUGGAGCUGCUGGUGUCAGAGACGUGCACCGAUGAGGUUGGUGUUGUUGGAGAGUUGCCCUCCCUCAUCCACCUCCAUUUGCAAGUGGAGCUGAAGAUGAAGGGUACCGUCGUGUUCGGAGCUAGUGGGGGAUCAUUCCCAGCUUUGGAGUCUCUCAUCUUGACCUGUGGUGGAGAUGUUGCCUCACAGCUGGGCUUCCAGGCAGGUGUAAUGCCCAAGCUCCAGAUGCUCGAUGUACGAUUCGAACGUUGUGAUUCGGGCAUUGAUACACCACCUGUUGGCAUGGAGCAUCUCUUGAGCCUCCAACACAUCCGUGUCGAGAUCAAUGUUGAGCUGGAGGACAGAAAAAUUUAUCCUCGGGACACCGCUGAGCAUGUUCUCAGGGAAGCCGCACAAGCGCACCCCAACAAGCCCGCCUUCAAUUUCUAUUUCUUCUCGUAAUUGAUUGAUCCUCUGUCUGAGUUCUUAUCCUAUGUGUGUAUCAGUGUAUGUGCUAAUAAGUAUUGGAAACAGCAACAACGUUGUGAUUUCUGCGACAGCAAAUGGUGAGUGUGCAAAGCCUACCGCCUGUAGGACAAUACAUUAUCAUAGCCAGCAUUUUAAAAAUGUUUCUCCUGUUUGUUCUACAAACGUUAUUAAAAGUGUACUAUACAGAGCAUUUCAGCAUUAUCAUAUCCUGUUUGUUUUA